AUGUUAAUUUUUAUAAUAAUUAUUUGUAUUGAAUUUUCAAUUGGACAACCCGAAAGACAAGACGAACAUGAUCAAAAAUCAAAACAAAAGAAACAAAGAAAAGGACGAAAAAAUCGAAAAGAAAAAUUAGAAGAAACAGACUAUUCAACUGUUCCAAAAGAUUCGUUUGAAAGUCUGACUUUAAAUCCAACAGAAACAGAAACACCUUAUGUACGUCCAAAGGUUAAAUCUGAAUUAAAAACAAAACACAGUUCUUAUCCUUCAAUGGAAUUAUUCAAGCAACAAUUUCCACCUGUUACAAAAAGUCGAAAAGAGAGAAGUACUUUCAAUCAAGUGAGGAAGAAAAUAGAAAUUCAACGAAACAAAGAACAAGAAGAGUCAACUCAUGAAAUUUUUCAAAAAGUACCUUUUUCGAAUGAAAAAGAUUUUACAGAAAAACAUUUAGAAAUUCAAAAUCCUUUAAAACCAGUUGAAAGUAAAUUAACAAUAAAAUUAGACGAAAAAACUCUUAGACAUUUGAGGGAAUACGAUUUGUGUAGUUUUUAUAAUAAAUAUGCCAAAAAAUUCCAAAUUCUAAUUUUUGUCCUUUUUUGGCCGGGAGAAAAAUGCCAAAUGGAAAAUUCUUGUAGUUUUCCACUCAAAACAACAAAAUUCAAAGAAAGAUUUUUUCUCCAUGGAUUAUGGCCAAAUUUUUGGGCAAAUCAGAAUAUGUUGUGUUGUUCGACAUAUUACACUCCAUUAAUGGUUGAACAAAGAAUAAGAGAAGAUGCCAAAUUGUUUGAGUGUGUUGUUAAUGACUGGAUGUCUGUUGAAAAGUGUCGUUUUGCAGCUUUUCAGAUGGACAAACACGGGAGUUGUGCUUCGAAUAUUUAUGAUGGAGAAAAUGGAUAUAUUGAUUAUAUGAAACUCACAUUAAAGUUGUAUGAAAGUGUUGAUUUGUGGCAAGUUUUAAAAGAGAGUAUCCUUAAAGUCGAAGUUGAAAAGGUUUAUGAAAUAGAAGAUAUUAGAAAUGUGGUUGCAAAUGUGUAUGGAGCUAAAGUUGCCUUCUUCUGUCGAGAAAGAGGAUUUUUGCAAGAAGUGAGAAUAUGUUAUGACCCUUUUGAAAACAAAUAUGAUCCAAAACCCGUUGAAUGUCCUCCUAAAUUAUAUAAAGAUGAAAUGAGAAAAUGUGGAAAUAAAAUUCAAAUAAGGAAAUACCCACCUUAUUUAUUAGAUCCAAAUAAAGUACCAAGAAAUGAUUGUGAGUUUUAA